AUAUUUUAAGUCGGGAAGGGAUUUUGGUGAACUGCGACGUUCUCGCAACCCUUAAAUGGUAGGGUCCGGCUAGCGCUGAACUCUUUCCUUUCUCUCAAAGAUCCGCAGCCAUGAGCAUGCUCAGGCUCCAGAAGCGCCUGGCGUCCAGCGUUUUACGCUGUGGCAAAAAGAAGGUCUGGUUGGACCCAAACGAGACCAACGAGAUCGCCAACGCCAACUCCCGCCAGCAGAUCCGUAAGCUGGUGAAGGAUGGUCUGAUCAUCAGGAAACCCGUGACGGUGCACUCGCGCGCCAGAUGCCGCAAGAACACACUUGCCCGACGCAAGGGUCGUCACAUGGGCAUCGGUAAGAGGAAGGGUACUGCCAACGCCCGUAUGCCAGAGAAACUCGUCUGGAUGAGGCGCAUGAGGAUCCUCCGCCGCCUGCUGCGCCGCUACAGGGAGUCCAAGAAGAUCGACAGGCACAUGUACCACAGCCUGUACCUGAGGGCCAAGGGUAACGUGUUCAAGAACAAGCGCAUCCUCAUGGAGCACAUCCACAAGCUGAAGGCCGACAAGGCUCGCAAGAAGCUCCUUUCUGACCAGGCCGAGGCUCGUCGUACCAAGACCAGGGAGGCACGUAAGCGUCGCGAGGAGCGUCUCCAGGCCAAGAAAGAGGAGAUCAUCAAGACCCUCUCAAAGGAGGAGGAGACCAAGAAGUGAACACGCUCUUUUCAGUGCUAAUAAAACACCACAAAAUCUA